GUGCACCACAACCCCCAGCUCUGCUUCCUCCAGAAGGUGCCCUGGCACAGCAUCUUCCGCAACCCCCGCCAGCGCCUCUUCCAGACCCACAACAAGCCCCCCGAGCAGUGCGAGAGCGAGGGGCUGGUUUGCUUCCACCUCUGCGCCCAGGGGCACUGCUGGGGCCCCGGCCCGACCCAGUGCGUGGCCUGUGAGCGGUUCCUGCGCGGCCAGGAGUGCGUGGCCUCCUGCAACCUCCUGGAUGGAGCCGUCCGGGAACACGCCAACGGGACGCGGUGCCUGCCAUGCCACCCCGAGUGCCAGCCCCAGAACGGCACCGAGACCUGCUUCGGAUCGGAUCCAGACCAGUGCGUGGCCUGUGCCCACUACAAGGACGCCCAGCAGUGCGUGCGGCGCUGCCCCAGCGGCGUCAAGGCCGACGCCUCCUUCGUGCCUGUCUGGAAAUACCCGGAUGAAUUCGGCGUGUGCCAGCUCUGCCCCACCAACUGCACCCACUCAUGCACGAUCCGGGAUGAGGACGGAUGUCCUGUGGACCAGAAGCCAAGCCAGGUGACGUCCAUCAUUGCUGGUGUGGUGGGGGCUCUGCUGGUCAUCGUCCUGCUCCUCAUCACCGUCAUCUGCGUCAAGCGCCGGCGGCAGCAGGAGCGCAAGCACACCAUGCGGCGGCUGCUGCAGGAGACCGAGCUGGUGGAGCCGCUGACGCCCAGUGGGGCCCUCCCAAACCAAGCCCAGAUGAGGAUCCUCAAGGAGACAGAGCUCAAGAAAGUGAAAGUUUUGGGUUCCGGUGCUUUUGGCACCGUUUAUAAGGGCAUCUGGAUCCCCGAUGGGGAGAGCGUGAAGAUCCCGGUGGCCAUCAAAGUGCUGCGGGAGAACACAUCACCCAAAGCCAACAAGGAGAUCCUGGACGAGGCCUAUGUGAUGGCAGGGGUGGGCAGCCCCUACGUGUCCCGACUGCUGGGCAUCUGCCUGACCUCCACGGUGCAGCUGGUGACGCAGCUGAUGCCCUACGGCUGCCUCCUGGACUAUGUGCGGGAGAACAAGGACCACAUCGGCUCCCAGGACCUGCUCAACUGGUGUGUGCAGAUUGCCAAGGGGAUGAGUUACCUGGAGGAGGUGAGACUGGUGCACCGGGACUUGGCCGCUCGCAACGUCCUCGUCAAGAGCCCCAACCACGUCAAGAUCACCGACUUUGGGCUGGCCAGGCUGCUCGACAUCGAUGAGACCGAGUACCACGCUGAUGGUGGCAAGGUCCCCAUCAAGUGGAUGGCGCUGGAGUCCAUCCUCCGCCGCCGCUUCACGCACCAGAGCGACGUCUGGAGUUAUGGUGUCACCGUGUGGGAGCUGAUGACGUUUGGGGCAAAGCCGUACGACGGGAUCCCUGCCCGGGAGAUCCCGGACCUGCUGGAGAAGGGCGAGCGGCUGCCGCAGCCGCCCAUCUGCACCAUCGACGUCUACAUGAUCAUGGUGAAAUGCUGGAUGAUUGACUCCGAGUGCCGGCCCAAGUUCCGGGAGCUGGUCACCGAGUUCUCCCGCAUGGCCCGCGACCCCCAGCGCUUCGUGGUCAUCCAGAAUGACCUGGUGGGGCUGCCCGGCUCCAUGGACAGCACCUUCUACCGCGCUCUGCUGGAUGAGGAGGACAUGGAUGAUCUGGUGGAUGCCGAGGAGUACCUGGUGCCUCACCACGGCUUCUUCAGCACCGACACCUCCACCACCUACCGCAGCCGCAUCUCCUCCCUGCGGAGCACAGCGGAGUCUCCGGCCAAGGUGGAAGAGGGCGAGGGCUUGGCCUCCUUCCCGUUCCCUGCCCAGGAGCUGGCAGAGGAGCCGGAGGAGCCCAUCCCAGAGGUGUCGGACGGGGACAAGGUGGCCCUGCAGAGCCCCCCAGGGCAGGAGCCUGGGACCCUGCCCCGCUAUAGCGAGGAUCCCACCGAGCUGGUGGCCAAGGAUGGAGGGGACCCCGAGGGUUUCACCGUCCUGGCCCCCCACAGCACCAUGCCAGAGUACGUGAACCAGGCUGGGGAACGUCCGCCCCGCAGCCCCUGCAGCCCCCCAUCCCCGCCGGACAAGCCCCGGGGGCACCAGGGGAAGAAUGGGCUCAUCAAAGACCCCAAGAACUCCUUCCCAGGGCCCUUCGGCCACGCCGUGGAGAACCCCGAGUACCUGGCACCCCACGGGCCCCCCACCCCUGGCCCCUUCAGCCAGGCCUUCGACAACCCCUACUACUGGAACCAGGACCCCGCCAAGGCCGGGGGCCCCGAGGGUGGUCCCAGCACGACGCCCACGGCCGAGAACCCCGAGUACCUCGGCCUGACCAACCCCGACGCCACGGCCGUAUAGGAGAGACCCCCCCCCAACUUCACCGAGGCAGCUCAGGGAAGGACAAGCCAUGGCUACGGGGCUGGGGGUCCAUCCCCUCUGCCCGGGGGUGGCACCGGCCACGGAGGGCUGGGAGAGCCCAGGACGCUGUGGGACAGCGCGGCAGCUGAGCGGGGACACAGGGGUCACCCUCAGUGGUGGCACUGGGGGCCUGCACGCCGGGGGGUGCCUGGAGCAGCCCAGGGAGCUCGGACCCAGCACGGCCCGGAGGAGGACAGACCCUCUGCCAUGCCCCCCACCCCAGGGCUGUCCCAGUGCCUGGGACACGUGGACUUGCACUGAGGGCAGCUGGACUGAGAGCAGUCCUGGCUGCUCCGGGAUUCUUUGGAAGCACCGGGAUGUAUAUUUGAUAAUUGUACAUUGCUUGUUUUUUCUAC